UACCCUGGGCAAUGUGUUGAGGUGGGUGCGUCAUCCUCAGGGAUUCCUUGUGCAGACAUGCUCCCCGAGGUGGGUUCGCUGUGGCUGCUUCGGCUGCUCCGGGACAUCCAGCUGGCCCAGUUUUACCGACCCAUCCUCGAGGAACUUAAUGUUACCCGGCCGGAGCACUUCGAUUUUGUCAGGCCCGAGGACCUGGAUGGCAUUGGCAUGGGCCGGCCUGCCCAGCGCAGACUGGCCGAAGCUCUGAAGAAGCACCGUUCGGGGCUCAAGUCAAAGAACUGGGUCUACAAGAUCCUUGGGGGUUUUGCACCUGAGCAGAAGGAGACCACCCCAGCUCCAAACAGCCCCCGGUCCCUCCCUGAGCCGGAGGGGGGACUCAAGUGUCUGAUCCCGGAUGGUGCUGUGUGCAGAGGGGAGCUGCUGGGCUCUGGCUGCUUUGGAGUGGUUCACCGAGGGCUGUGGACACUGCCUGGCGGCCAGAGUGUCCCAGUGGCUGUCAAAUCCCUCCGGGUGGGUCCUGAAGGCCCCGUGGGCACAGAGCUGGGGGACUUCCUUCGAGAGGUGUCCAUCAUGAUGAACUUGGAGCACCCACACGUGCUGCGCCUGCACGGCCUCGUACUGGGCCAACCCCUGCAGAUGGUGAUGGAGCUGGCGCCCCUGGGCUCCCUGCACGCGCGCCUGACCGCCCGGGCCCCGACCCCCCCGCUGCCCGUGGCCCUGCUCUGCCUCUUCCUGCGGCAGCUGGCGGGGGCCAUGGCGUACCUGGGGGCCCGCGGGCUGGUGCACCGAGACCUCGCCACACGCAACCUGCUGCUGGCCUCCCCGCGCACCAUCAAGGUGGCCGACUUCGGGCUGGUGCGGCCGCUGGGCGGCGCCCGGGGCCGCUACGUCAUGGGCGGGCCCCGCCCCAUCCCCUACGCCUGGUGUGCGCCGGAGAGCCUGCGCCAGGGGGCCUUCUCUUCUGCGUCGGACGUGUGGAUGUUUGGGGUGACGCUGUGGGAGAUGUUCUCCGGGGGCGAGGAGCCGUGGGCCGGGGUCCCGCCGUACCUCAUCCUGCAGUGGCUGGAGCAGGACCAGGCCCGGCUGCCUCGGCCUCCCCUCUGCUCCAGGGCGCUCUACGCCCUGGCCUUGCGCUGCUGGGCCCCCCACCCCGCCGACCGGCCUAGCUUUUCCUACCUGGAGGAGCUGCUUCAAGAGGCCUGGCCUCCUGAGGGACAUUGUGUGCGGGAUGUCACGGAGCCAGGUGCCCUAAGGAUGCAGACUGGUGACCCCAUCACCAUCAUCGAGGGCAGCCCUGACUCUGCAGCCUGGAAGGGCCAGAACGGCCGCACGUUCAAGGUGGGCAGCUUCCCAGCCUCGGCAGUGACGCUGGCAGAUGCGGGGGGCUCACCAGCCACCCGUCCAGUCCACAGGGUCUCCCCUGCCCAGGGGGAGCGACAUCAGGGAAGCGUAGAUGGGGACAGAGGGAAGGCAAAGCUUCGGGAUUUACCUCCAGCACGGGGCCAGAGAAGGAAUGUGCCCCUGCAGAGGAUGAAAGUCAUUUCCAAGAGUCUGGAGUCCGUUCUGUCCCCGGGCCCCCGCCCCACAGGGGGUGGUUCGAGCCCCCCCGAACUUCGUCAUGCCAGAGCCGUGCCCCAGGGACCCCCAGGCCUGCCAUCCCGCCCUCCCUUUGCCUCCAGCCCUUCUCAGCCCAGCCAGCCCCCCAGGGAGCGGCCUCCCUGGCCCAAAAGGGAACCCCCCCACAGCCAUCCCUCGGGGGCGCCUGGAGCUAGCAAAGUCACUGUCCCCGCUGGAGGCCUCUUGCCCGACCCCGAGUUGCAGAGGAGGAUUGUGGAGGUGGAGCUGAGCGUGCAUGGAGUCACCCACCAGGAGUGCCAGGCAGCACUGAGGGCCACUGGGGGAGACGUGGUUUCUGCCAUCCGGAACCUCAAGGUGGACCAGCUCUUCCAUCUGAGUAGCCGGUCCAGAGCGGACUGCCGACGCAUCCUGGAGCACUACCAGUGGGAUCUCUCCGCCGCCAGUCGCUAUAUCCUGGCCCGGCCCUGAGCGCUGCCCCCUUGGGCGGGGAUACCAGCCUGGAUCGAGGGCCUGGCCCUGCGGGACCAAGCAGAACCAGAACCUGGUCCUACCAGGGCAGAAUUUCCCACCCGGGGAGAUCGUGUGGUGGGCAGGUACAGGAGGAGCCCGGCGUCGGGCACUGACCAGCGUCUCCUCCCGUGCCCCUUGGCCUCUGAGGGCUCCAGCUCCCUUGGCUGGUUCAUAGAAGGAUCUAGUCCAGUCUGCCUACCACAUUCCCAACCAAGAGAACUUGGAGGGACGGAGCUGCCCCACAUCACACGCACAGGAAGCUUCCACUUGCUACAGAGGACCUCAGGAGCAGCCAUUCCGAACGGCGGUCAGCUACCACACUGGCCUCUGGGGGGGCAGCCAUCUUGGAUGGUAGAAGCAACCACACUGAUUUGGGGUACGUGGCCCAAACUGCCUUAGCCCUGUCCAGGGCCGUGAUGGAGGAUGUCGUUGCCCUCUUGAACUCCAGGACACUGGAUCUUGGCAGCCUGGAUGAUGAAACGGGCCGGCCCCCACCCCAGCCCAGCUGUCCUGUUUCCCUUGGUUUCUUCCCGCACCAGCUCUUCUACUCUCUCCCAUUACAUACAUCUUCCAGUAU